GCUUUUAUAUCACACUAAAUGCCGCGAGAUCUCGGCCUCCCCAUUACGAGUACGUAAGAGCCUAUAAGGAAGCCUGUGAUUGGCUCUUCGGGGCCCCGCCCCCGCCGUGCUCUGCGCGCGCCUGCCUGCCUGCGGGUCUGCGGCCCCGGAAUCGGCGUGACGUGUGAGCUGCUAUAAAUGCCCGCGCUGCCGAAGACUUGUCUCUCGGGCUGCAGGUGUGUCUGUUUUUCUUGGUUUUUGUCCGUUGCGUCGCUGGGUGGUGGUCGGGAGAUCGGCGUUGGUUGAAAAUCACCUGCGGCUUGGCCGUGGCCGUGGGUGAGAUUCGGCGCCCAGAGCCACCGGAGGCCUCAGCUCACCGCCCACUUCUCGGUGUGGGGAGGUGAAACCCAGGUCCCGACACUCACCGCCACUCCAGGCCCCGGUGCGGCCGCUCGCGUGCUCUGGGUUCUGACACCUGACCCUGUCUUCUGCCCGCAGGACUCCCGGAUGCCGAGCCUGAGGCCGACGCCGCCAGGACUGCGGGGGGCGGGCCGGGGUCUCUGCUCUCCUUCUUUUCCAAUAAAAGUGUUGGUCUGACUCAUUUGUGUGUGGGUGUUCUUGUCCGCCCUCCUGUCAGCCUGGAAAAUGCAUCUGUUGACGCUGUGGAGGGGAGACCCUAGCAGGACACCUCUUCCGGCCAGCCCAACUCGGCUGUGGAUGCCACACCAGGGGAGAACUGGGGUCUUGGGGGUUGUCAGGUGACUCCUGAGGUCCCACACUCCAUAAGUGGCGGAGCCCGGUUUGAAACUGAUGUGUCUAUCGACACCCCAUACCUUCCACAUCACAUAAAGUACCUUGAACUUGAGCUGGUUGGGCUGGGCCUACAAACCACGAGCAACGAUGGGAGUGUAAGAUGCACAGCUCAAAGGCUUGCAGUGGCUCCCUAUUGCUCUCAGGACAGGAUUAGGGUCUUGGAUUUGAGGAGCUCAACGCUCAGGAGUACUGCACCUGCAGUUUUCUGAUCUGCGAACAUGCUGGUUUCCCAGGUUGUAAUUCAUUUCCUCAUGCCUUCUCUCAGGCCUGCCCAGAUGGGUGGAGACUGCCUGCUCUGGGAGGCCUUCCCACAGGCUAGGCCCCCCUGCUGUGGUACUGCAGGUUGCAUGAGAAUCUGGUCCUCACUUCCCUGGUCUGUAUCGUGAAGCUAGCACCACAGGUCUUCCAUCCUACGAUACCUGAUGAUGGGUCAGUGUCUGAAGCUCUUGGAGAUCUGGCCACCUGGGCAGCACUAUCUGAGGAAGGAGGGGGAAACAAUACCUGCAUUCCUGCUGAAGCUUCAGCCUUGGGGAAGCAGCACCCAGAAGCUUGGUUCCUGGCCUAGCACUGCUUAGGGAUCACUUGUUAGCCACCCCCAACGCAGGGGCUCCAGGGACCUGUCCCAGAUCUGGGCUCCCCUACCCCUCCUCUGUGACCCUUUAGAGAGGGGAGCAAAGGCCAGGUGGUGUAGGGUCCCAGUGGGCCCUGGACCAGGGCUGUGAUUGGCCUGAGCUAGACAAUACCACUGUGAGGUCGGCCCACUCCUGCUGUGAAAUGGAGGCUCCUGAGCCCCUGGGGGUCAGUGGAGCAGCCGUCCAGACAGACACAGAUCAUGGUGAGCCCGGGACCUUCUUACCUCUGGCCCUUAGAUUUGUGCCUAACUCCAGACACCUGCCCAGAGCCAGACCCCAUCCCUCAUUCUGAGAAAGGGUGGACAGUGGGUUACAGGCUCCCACAUGGGACAAGGUAACCUAGAGGGCUCUGGGCAGGUCUAACUUCAGGCCCAGGCCAGCUUCCCCAGCUAGGGAUUGGUAGAUGUGGGGGGUCUUAACCCUCACAGCUGCCCCUCCAAAGUGAGUGCUGACCCAACCCUCUACUUGGGGCUCUCAUGUGGCCCACUUCACUACCCAAAGCUUCCUGGGGUCUCCCUCUGAGUGUGUGGAGUGGGGGGCCGGAUCCUGGUCCCAGCCAGGUCCUGAUGUUGGCCUGGCCUUUGCAGAGUGGCGGCUAUGAUCUCAACCUCUUCGCCAGCCCUCCCGACUGCAAGUUCCUGUGCUCCAUCUGCCACGGGGUUCUCAAGAGGCCAGUGAGGUUGCCAUGCAGCCACGUCUUCUGCAAGAAGUGCAUCUUCCAGUGGCUAGCCAGACAGAAAACCUGUCCAUGCUGCAGGAAAGAGGUGAAAUGGAGAAAGAUGGUCCAUGUGAAUAAACUCUGGAAAACUAUUGGCCGUCUGGAAGUCAAGUGCAAGAAUGCCGAAGCUGGCUGCUUGGUGACAUGUCCCCUGGCCCAUCGCAAGAGGCACCAGGACUCAUGCCCGUUUGAGCUGAUGGCCUGCCCCAAUGAGGACUGCACGGCACUGGUGCCGCGUAGAGCCCUGGCUGAUCACCAGCAGCGCUGCCUGCAUGGUGCCCAGCAGCGCUGCCCGCUGGGCUGCGGAGCCACCCUGGGCCCGGCUGAACGUGCACGCCACAACUGCUACCGCGAGCUGCGCGACGUCUGGAGCCAGCGCCAGGAGCGCAGCCGAACCCUGGUGCUAGGCCUGCUGCAGCGCAUGCGCAAGGUGCAUCGCACCACCAGCCUCAUCCGCUGGCAGCUGGCCCAGCUCGGAGACUUCCUGGAGGAGGAUGACGCCCUGCUCGUGGGUGCCCCCCAGGAGGAGGCCGAGGCCACCCCAGAAGGCAGCGCUGGGGCUGAGGUGUGGGGGGCCCAGCGCCAACGUACCUCGUAAAUAGAGGGGUAAAUAAAUGUGGAGCCCAGGCGUUGCCCGCCCCGCCACGCACCUCUGUGCUUGCUGGCCUCACCCUUAUCACAUUUGUGCCCACACCCCUCCCCACCUCUCCAGGCACUACUUUCACCCCGCAGGGACACUUCGGCAUUUCUCCCUGAACCUCUACACGUUCCUUCCCACCACUGGGUCUUCGAGUUGGCUAUUCCCCUCGCUCUCCAUUUGCCUGGCUUCUUCUUUCCACUUAAAUGUCUACUCCCCGCAGAGGUUUUCCGGAUCAUCCUCUCUCUGUCUCCUUCCCAGUGACUUUCUACCAAUCUGUUUAUCAGCUUCACAGCCAGCAGCACGAAUCGCUCAAAACCCUGAACUCGGAGUACAAGCCAAUUCCUCACAAUGACCGUCUCUGACCUUGCUGCUCUUCUAUUUUCCUCCCUCCUCACUCCCUGCAGCCGCACAGGCUUCUGUUGCUCCUCCUAAACGCCAGGCCUGGCACUGUCCAUACCUCAGCAGAGGCACCGGUCCCUCAGAUAACCACAGGGUCCCGCUUCACCGACUUCAGGUUUUUGCUCAGGUGUCACCGUUUCAACAAAGCCUCCUCCACCACCGCACUUAAAAUCUCGCCCCCACCCCCACCCGCCAGGGGCCGGCCCAUGGCUUAUCAGUUAAGUGCUGGAGCUCCGCUACUGGUGGCCUGGUUCGAUCUCGGGUGCCCACGGACGCACCGCUUCUCCAGGCAUGCUGAGGCCGCAUCCCACAUACAGCAACUAGAACGAUGUGCAACUAUGACAUACAGCUAUCUACUGGGGCUUUGGGGGGAAAAAAGGAGGAGGAUUGGCAAUAGAUGUUAGCUCAGAGCUGCUCUUCCUCAGCAAAAAGAGGAGGAUUAGCAUGGAUGUUAGCU